GGGCUUUGUUUCAUUUAUAGCCCAAUCAAUUGGUUGUCCCAACAGAGAAGUCCAAUAUAAAACUCAAACCUGGUCUGCUCACCACUUCUGCGAAUCCACAAGUACCAGAGUCGAACCACCUCCCAUGGCUGCUCUGUCCUUCACUCCUCAAAUUCACCAGCUCACAAAACCCAAACCCAAACUCAAAGCCGGAUGGAGAUACAAACCGAAGGCCACUCUCUCUUUUCAGACCCCUAUCAGCAGCUCAACUUUCUCAGACCCCUUUGUUCUUCAACUGGCGGAGUCUCUUGAAGACUCCAUCCCUCACACUUCUUCUCAAUCUCCUCUUCAAUCCCUCAGGGACCUUUCCUCCCAGUCCUUGCUCUCCACUCCCUGGCCCACUCGCAAAGACGAGGACUUUCGGUUCACUGAUACCUCCCUCAUCAGACACUCCCAGAUAAUCCCAAUCUCUACCCCACCUCAACAAGAUCACUUAUUGGGCAUUUCCGAGGAUACCCAUUUGACUAAUCUUGCUAUUGUUGAUGGGUUUGUUGUGGAUUCUGUUUCCAACGUGUCCAAUUUGCCGAAUGGAGUCCUUGUGGGUAGCUUGUUGGGUUCAUCCUUAGACGGAAUUACCAAAAGGGUUUGUGAAUUUGUUGGUGAUUUUAAAUGGGGUGACUUGUUUUGGGCUAUUAAUGGAUUGGGGGCUCCAGAUGUGGCAGUUGUGUAUGUUCCGGAGAACUGCAAGGUGGAGAAUCCAGUGCAUUUGAGGUACUUUCAAGUGGAGGGGAGUGAGAAGGGAUCUAAUAAGUUUCCUGUGUCGAAUCCAAGGGUGAUUGUGGUCGUGGAGAAGGGAGCCGAGGUCGAGAUAGUUGAGGAGUUUGUGUGUAAAGAAGGGGAUGAUAGAAGUUACUGGGUGAAUCCUGUUAUGGAAGUGGUGAUUGGGGAGGGGGCUAAGGUUAGACAUUCAUAUGUGCAGAGAGAGUCGUUGAGUUCAGCACAUAUCAAAUGGACUUCCGUCAGGCAGGAAUCAGCUAGUACGUACAAGCUUGUGGAGGUAAGCACUGGUGGAAAGUUGAGCAGACACAACCUCCAUGUUCAGCAAUUUGGGCCAGAUACAGUGACAGAGUUAUCCACAUUCCACUUGUCCAUUGGUGAUCAAACACAAGAUCUACACAGUAGAUUAGUUUUUGACCAUCCACGAGGUUAUUCUCGACAACUUCACAAGUGUAUUGUGGCGCAUUCACUAGGACAAGCUGUUUUUGAUGGGAAUGUAAAGGUCAACAGAUACGCACAGCAGACGGAUGCAGGACAGCUAACAAGGAGCCUUCUCCUGGAACCUCGUGCAACUGUGAAUGUUAAACCAAAUCUCCAGAUUAUUGCUGAUGAUGUGAAGUGCUCUCAUGGAGCUGCAAUAAGUGACUUAGAAGAAAGCCAACUCUUCUACUUUCUUGCUCGGGGGAUUGACUUAGAGACGGCUAAAAGGGCUCUUGUUUUUUCCUUUGGAGCCGAGGUGAUGGUAGAAUUGUCCGAUCCUCGCGUCCACAACCUAGCUAAGCUUCAUGUCAAACAAAUGCUGGAACGCACUCCAAAAGGAUAAUCAUAGUGUGGGGUGAUUCAUUAGCACAAUGUAGUGCUGUUUGUUGUAGUUUAUGCGAUUCAAGUAAAUUCUGGUCUCAUUUGAGCAGUGUUAGCUCCAUGUGUUAACAUACAGGCCGAGUGAGAAUUUUUUUUUUUCUUUUUCUGGAUAAAGAAAGUUUUUGUGGCCACUCUAGAGGAUGUGGUGUUGUGGGUAGAAUCAAGAAUGUAAAAUUAUGAAUGAAACUGCAACUCAAAUUCAAUAUCUUCCACCUUGUGUGUUAAUAAUAAUUUUGAGUACCUUUUGCUGCUUGG